AUGAUUGGUAGGGCUCUGAAAGCUGGGCGCCUUGCUUGGGUGACUAAGGUGUUUUUCCUGAUGGAACCCCAACCGCUGGAAGGCGACGACUACAUCCCGACAGCGGCUCACCACCUCCUGUGGAGCGGCAUCAACCCCACUCUAAUCACUGAGAAUCAUCGCCCGCACCCAGCACCCCUGCCUCCUCGCACUCCUGCUCCAGCGCUGCCUACACCCCGAGCUGGGCCCAGUCACGAUGUAGCUCCCCACAUGGACGUGCGUCACGACCAACCACUUGAGUCCUGGCUACCUCGGGCCCGUCCGUACCCUCCGCCAGCCGCAGCCGCCGCGCCGUUCCGCGUCCCAACCAACGCUCCAAACCUCCCCGCGAGACCACACACAAGCACGGCACGCGGACGACCGCUGGCAACCGGUCGCCUCUCUGCGGUUCCCCGAAUGUUCGCGCCACGCGCGGUUUCUAACAUCGCUGCGCCCCUGAGAAUGAACACCCCGCGCGUCGAGCAAGUGCGCACGAGAACGCCGCAAGUCGGCCAGGCGAGGCCCCCACCCGCGCAGGAGAACGACGUCUUCUGGCACCAUGCCGAGCCUCCCGCACCCCCCCGCCACAUCCGUACGCCCGCACCGCUCUUCCAACAGCCACAGGAACCUGAGAUCCUAUGGAGAACUCCCCUCACGAGGACUGCUUUCGAACCCGAACGAGCUGUAGGCCGCAUGCCUGCGGCUGGUGGCUUUGUCUUCCCACCGAACUUCCAGGCCGAGCCAGACCUCAUCCUCAACGCUCUCCCUCCUCCUCCCCCAUCACGUGGAAGCCGCAACGCGACACCCGGCCCAGCCAUACCUCGACACCUUGCAGCACCCGUACCCCGCCGUCCUCCGACUUUCGAACCGCAGGAUGUAGAGAUGGAAGACUUGUACCAAAACGAGCAAUACCUACCCGUCGGAAUGCCACCCCAGCCGCUGCCGGUCGACGCCCACCCCAUACGUCAAAACCCUAUCAACCAACACGACGGCCGACACGAGCACGCUGCUCCUCAACCCGCCUUCAACGGCCCACGCGCGCCAACUCUCCUGCCAGCUCACCCGAUGUCGCUACCGGGCGAAACUCCAGCACCUAGCGGAGGAUGGCGCGUCAUCGCCGGGGGCUUCGACCCCUCCUGGAAGGUCACAAAUGUCGCGAGGACGCAAGUCGACGACUGGACCGAACGUAACCGCCCAGCCGUCUUCCUUCAGAUACCGAACAGAGGAACUCUGGACGCAGGUGGCUACGAAUGCCGUCUUGCGAUGGAAGACGCGCUGAAGCGGAUGGGAGUAGCUAAGCCCGAGAUCGAGUUCCCUACACCCGAGAACGAGGAGGUCGGAGAGAAUGCUCCGCCACACUGGUGCGUUGCUUUCGGACCAACGACCCAACAAUGCAGCGAUCUUGUUGCGAAACGCUGGGUCUCCACGAACGACACCACCUUCGCGAUCGUCGAGUUCUCGUUCGAUACGUCCCACUUCGUGGGCUUCUGGCAAAAUCUUGAGUACUUCGACGACGCGAGCUUACCCGGCAUGCGACACGCCUUCCGGAACGCGAUCCUCUUCCUCUAUCAACACGGCGACCUCAAGAACGUGAUCCUACGCGAUAUCGGCACCCUCGGCAGGUGGCACGGCCAAACGCCGGCAUACGUGAUCGACUACAUCUUGCAGUCUGUACAAGUCGACCUACUCGAAUGCCGUGGCCCACGCUCGCGCCGGAACACGCUAGUCCGGCUAUACUGCGAACCACCCACGUCGAGCCUAAGCGAGUGGCUCGCUUUCCGCAAGGCCCUAAGCGAAUGCCGCCUGAACAGGCCGGGCGCAAAGACACCAGUAUACGUCGAGAAGACGUUCAAGUGUCGGUACUGCCACUGUGUAGACCACCCGACUGGUCUAUGCUACCUCAACGACGUCCCGUUGUGGCACGGUCCCGAGAGAACGCCUGACGAGCCUACCGCGACUGAACAAGCCCAGCCUAACCGUAACAACGCAUCGCGAGGCCGCGGCGAGACAGGCGGCAGAGGCGGUAAGAACAUGGGUCACCACAGAGGUGGCAACGGUGGCAAAGGUCGUGGCAACAGGCGUUGA